CUAAUACCAUUGUAUGAAGUUAUGUAGAAGUAAUUUGUUAUUUGACAUGUUUAUUAGUUUAAAAUCAGGUUUUUUAAGUUAUUUCUUGAGUGAUUUAUUUUAACACAUGUGUAGGUAAAUUAAAACCAUAAUGCAAUGUCUGUUCUAUAGUAAAUAUUAAGGAGAUCGUUGUAAAGUGAUGGAUUUACUUCGGUACAGGGACGAAUUAAUAAUUACUAGGAUUACUAAUAGAAAUGGAACUGACCAUUUUCGGAAAAAUGUUAAUGAAGACUCAUCUGAUGGUCUUGACUGGAGUUUGGACAUACUCCCAGUUAUGCCCAAGACAAAUUCAGGAAACAAUCACUUGAUCAAAAACCAUGUCCGUGACAAUCAUCUUGACCGGCCUCGAAACUAUGUGAGCUCUUUGCAAGAAAAUCAUAUAAGCUCAUUGGAUGAUGAUUAUUCAGGUUCAUUAGAUGAUGAAUGUGAUAAGUCUUUUGAAGAAGACAAUAAAACAUCUAUUGAGGAUGAAUCAGAAUAUACGACUGAUAUGUUACCUGCUGCAUUUUGUGAAGCUACCGUUUGCAAAGAAGAGCCUGAAUCUCCUCCAGAUCAGCCAGAUACAACUGGUGCAAAUACUGUUACAGAUACACCAAAGCAAAAGAAGUUUCGUUGCAGUGAUUGUAACUAUUCAACUGAUGUUUCAUCACACUUCCGUGCUCACAAGAGACGUCACACGGGGGAGCGCCCAUAUGCCUGCCCUUUGUGCCCCUAUCGAGCUGCCGAGUCUUGUACGCUUAAUCGGCAUAAGCUGACACAUUCUGGUGCCAAAAAGCACUUCUGCCCUCUUUGUCCUUAUAGAGCUUUUCUCGCUGGGGAUGUAGCAAAACACAUGAGGUGCCAUACUGGUGAACGCCCAUAUUCAUGCCCCCUCUGCCCAUACAGAGCUUCUCGUAGAAGUUCUGUAAAAGAACAUCUCGCAACACACUCACUCAGUAAGGAAUACCCGUGCGAUCUUUGUGGACAUAAAUGUGCUACUAGGAUUCAGCUUAGGAGGCAUGUAAAAAAUAAACAUUUUCUUCCUUAGGUAAUUUUUAAGCAAAUGAAACUUUCUUUAGUCUGAAAUCUAGAAAUUUCUUGUUAUAAUUUUUUAUAUUUUGUUUAAGAUGUAGUACUUAUGUUAGUAAAAGCCUUGAAAAUAUUUCAUCACAUUUUUUUUUUUUAAAUCAGAAUGUUUGUUAAUUUCAUUCUAAGGAUGGUGUUUAUCAUUCCAGUUUUGUAAUUUUGUUGGCAUUUUUAGUUAAUGAUACAAUGUUUUGAGAUGUUACUUAGACUGUUUAGAUGGGAUCAUGUGAAUGAUAGAAAUAUAUUAUAUAUGUUGUUAGAUCGUUUUAUGAGAAGAUGUUUUAAUUGUAUUUAUUUUAUUUAAGAAAUGGAAGUUACCUUAUAUAAAUGUUUAGAAGAGUUUAUAUUUUAGUUUAUAGUUAAUAACAAUUGUCGUUACAAUUUUAUAAUUCUAAUGAAAUGUUAAAG